AUGUCAAGAGAUCCUUUAGCAACAACCGUAAUUGAAAAGAAUGCAGAAAAUAAAGAAGAAAAGACAGAAACAAUCAGAUCAAUGACGUCUGAGAUUCAAGAGUCAAAUGUCACGAGAAACAGUAAUUCAUCAAAAGUCUGUGAGAGUGAUCUGAUUAAAACACAAAUCAAAUUAGAAUCAAAGUUAUUUAAACCGUACGAGUUGAAUAGCUUUUCACUACCAAAACAGUCUAUAAAUUUUGAAUCAUGUAACACUACAGAUAUUCAUGAAUCGAAUAAAAAUAAAACGUUAUCAAAUAUUCAACAUCAUUAUAAAAAUAAUAAAGAAUGUCGAUUAUUCGAUUCACUAGGAUUAAUUUUAGAGAACAAUAAUGAAUAUAAACCUUUGGGCAACUUUUUAGUUAAACAUUCAAUAGAGCAUGAACAACAGCUGAGUGAUGAUACAUCAAAUAUUUAUAAUGCUCUCGAUUUAGCCAACAAUGUUAAAGAAGAACAGGAACAACGACACAUUGAAAAAAUUAAUAAACCGCAAAUCAAAAGAAAUGAGCUGGAUCGGAAGAGAAAAAGAAUGAAUUCAAAAUUAGAUAACAAGCAUUUCAAAGCAGAUUGUUUUAAACUUUAG